AUGGACGAAUUCUGCGUUCGUCUCCUCUCCUACUUCGACCGCGGCAUGGACGGCAAGCCCGGCCGCUGGCCUCACUCCCUCCCUUCUCCCGAGGACAUGGCGGGCGCUGGCUAUCGCUUCGAAGGCAACCAGAAAGUCGGAGGCGAUAUCGUUGUCUGCGAUUUCUGCACCAUGCAAGCUUGGGCGUGGGAGAAGAAAGACGACCCGUUCGCUCAGCACAUGGAGUCGAAGACUUGUGAAUACGUCGACAGUGCCAUUUUUCGCGAGUACCACCAUAAGUUCCUCCAGAAGCAGGGCGAGACCAAGAAGAUUGACGACUUGAUGCUCACGCCUCCUGCUACGCCCACCAAGAAGUCCUACAAGCCGCGCCGGAAGUUGCGCUUGUCCCCCAUCGUGACUGUCUUUGACAGCAAGCCUUCCCAGGAGGCCGACCCUAAGACCGUCAAUGGCAACAACACGCCUGUCGAGAUCGCGGUUUCUGCUGGAGAGACCAAGAUUUUGAUCAAGAUUACUGAUGGCGGUGAGCGUGCUGCCAAGAGAAUCCGUCUCGAGUGA